AUGAACCACCAGCACUUCCUCAUCAUCUCCUUCCGUGGUCAGGGUCAUCUUAAUCCUACCAUACAACUCGCCAAGCGACUGGUAUGGGCCGGCGCGCAGGUCACCUACGCCAACGCGGUCGAUGGCCGAAACGUAAGGACCAUCAAGACCCCUAUUUCGAUGGAAGGCUUAUCGCACACCUCCUUCUCCGUCACCGACGACGAUGCUGGCGAACCCUCCUCCUACGAAGACAGGAUUUCUGAAAUAAAGCGGGUAGGUUCCCGAAACUUAAGAGAACUGAUCGUUAGCUUAUCUGAGAAGGAUCGACCAGUCACUUUCUUGAUCUACACCGUCCUGCUCCCGUGGGCGGCCGAUGUGGCUCGAGAUCUCGGCGUUCCUUCCGCUUUUCUUUCUAUUCAAUCGGCUGCCGUCUUUGCUAUAUAUCACCACUACUUCAACAGUCGAAGUGGUUUCUAUCAAAGUAGUAAAAAUGAGCCUCCUACUACAAUCUCAUUGCCUGGUUUGCCUCCUUUGACACCGGAGGACUUGCCUUCAUUUCUCUUACCUACCGAUCCAAAUUUCCCCAUUGUACCGACCUUUCAAGAACACAUCCUAACACUCGAAAAAGAAACCAACCCAUGUGUUCUCUUGAACACCUUCGACGCGCUGGAAGAAGAUCUGAUCAAAGCAGGCAUGGAGAACAUGAAGCUAUUCGCGAUUGGGCCUCUGAUCCCGCUAGCUUAUUUGGAUAAUAAAGAUCGUCCGUUAGACAAUUCCUUCGGCUGUGACCUCUUCGACUGCUCGACGGAUUAUCUGCAGUGGCUCGACUCAAAGCCUGCAUCUUCAGUGAUUUACGUAUCGUUCGGGAGCUUGGCCGUGUUGAAGAAAAAUCAGAUGGAGGAGCUAUGCCAAGGACUUCGCGAGAGUGGCCAACCAUUCUUGUGGGUGAUCCGGCCUUCCAAUACCAGUGAACAAGAAGAAAUCGACACGAUGAUAAAGGGAAGAAUCGAUGGAGAUUCCGGAUUGAUAGUACCGUGGUGUCUGCAGGUGGAGGUCUUGAACCAUAAGUCAAUAGGAUGCCAUGUGACGCACUGUGGGUGGAACUCGACCCUCGAGAGCUUGACAGCAGGCGUGCCGAUGGUUGCGUGUCCGCAAUUUUCGGAUCAGCUGACGAACGCCAAGUUGAUCCAGGACGUAUGGGGGGUAGGCGUAAAGGCAAGGGCGGACGGCGAAGGCGUUGUGGGAAGAGAAGAAAUGAAGAGGUGCUUGGACUUGGUCAUGGGGCCGACACACGAGGAAGGCAUGCGUGAGAGUGCCUCAAAAUGGAAAGCUUUGGCGAGGCGAGCGGUCAAGGAAAGCGGAUCUUCAGACGACAAUCUUAGGCUUUUCAUGGCAGGAUUGAAGUGA